AUGACAACUGGUCACGCUCAUCGUCGUCAACCCUCACGAGCGUUACUUCCUGAUGUCGAACAUAGCGAAGACCUGUUCAAUUACACUCGAGGUCGUUUCGUCUGCAACGAGCGAUAUGAACUGUCGCAGCGCCGUGUACGCUUCAAUGUCAAUGAGCUUGCUCGUUGUGCAGCCGAGGCUGUUGGGGCGAGAACAUGCGUCAGGAUCUCCAAAUAUCCUGAUGGUAUGUACAACAAGAGCAUGCUGCUUACCAUGGACAACGGCUCUCGCGUUGUAGCCAAAGUUCCGAACCCAAAUGCUGGUUUACCUCAUUUCACCACAGCCAGCGAAGUUGCGACAAUGGAUUUCGCACGAAACGUUCUUGGCACCCCUGUCCCUAAAGUUCUAGCUUGGUGUUCUCAUGCGCACGAGAGCCCAGUUGGCGCUGAAUACAUCAUCAUGGAACGGGUGCCGGGUAUCGAAUUAGAACAUGUCUGGCCAAAGAUGAACAUCAAAGACAGGUUCGCUGUGGUGAAGGCGAUCGCUGGUUUUCAGAAAUCCUGGACGUCAGUUUCCUUUGCCAAGUAUGGAAGCCUUUAUUUCUCGAAAGACCUCGACGACACGCCCGAUGCUCAGCCACUAUACGUCGAUGCAAAGGGCAAUCAUAUCAAAAACACGUGCUAUGCUGUUGGCCUGUCAACAGGACGCGAAAAUUUCGACAAUGGGAGAGCAACAGUCAACUUUGACAGAGGGCCAUGGAGCUCUCUAGAAGCAUAUCAUACCGCAAUCGGUCACCGCGAGAUAUCGUGUGUUAGCCAACUUCCUAAGUUACCCAAGUCUCCAAUUACCUUGUGCGGCCCAGGAACAUAUCAACCGACGAGAGCAAAGAAAUUGAAGGCUCUGCGCCACUAUCUCGACAUAAUCAAGGUCCUUCUCCCAAAAGAUGAGGAAAUAUCAUCAGCGCAUCUCUGGCAUGAUGAUUUACAUCUUGGUAACAUCUUUGUCGACAUCUCCGAGCCUACCAAAGUUGUGGGUCUUAUAGACUGGCAGUCAACGGAAUUAUCUCCGCUAUAUUUCCAUGCCCGCCAACCUCACAUCAUUGACUACGUUGGCUCACCCAUCAAUGGUUUGGCAAGACCUCAACCAAGAAAGGACCUGGAUAGACUUGAACCUUCUGCAAGGCAGCAAGCUGAGGCCUUAUAUCUACACCAAUCCCUGUGUUCAUUGUACAACACCCUGACACAUCACCAAAACCCACGACUCUAUGCUGCACUCCAGUUUCAGCAUACGCAGAAGUAUCUACUUCUACUUCUAGCACGCAACAUUCUCAUCGAUGGUGAGGUGACCUAUCUCUCACAAUUAGCUGAGUUGGAAUCAACGUGGACAGAUUUCUCAGCAGACACACGUUCGACCAGUCCUUUCACCUUCUCAAACAAAGACCGGAGCGACCUUGAAGCUGAUAUGCAAGGCGUGACACGAGGCAUGGAAGCAAUGCGUUCAAUACGAGACAGCUUGGGAGAACUAUUCCCUGAGCAGGGCAUUGUGAGGCCUGAUCAGUACGAUGAGGCUCUGGAUGCAUUGACGCAGAUGAGGGAACAGAUCAUUAGUACCUUCGCCUCCAAUCCAAAGGAAAAGGAGGUGUGGGAGAAAGAGUGGCCGUUUGAAACUUGAUCCGAAGUAUCUUCUCCCAUGUUUGGAUAAGUUACACAACUCAAUUGUUACGCCUGUUUCAAG